AUGGCUACUAGCAUCCAGGUCGAGGGCAACCCGGCGUUUGCACGCAUCCCGCCAUGGGUCCAGGCGAAGCUCGGCCGGAUUGCUAUCGAGAAGAUACAGCAGGUUUAUGAUUGGAUCGAAAAUGAAUGUGUUCCAGCCGAGCGCAUCUACAAGGCUCAAUUGAAGGAGGCUAGGUGGACGACGCCCGCUAUUGUCACCGAGCUGCGAAAGAAGGCCAAGGCACAGGGAUUGUUCAAUCUGUUCCUGCCCAACCAUUUUGAAGAGAGCCCGGGGUUGACAAAUCUCGAGUACUCAUGCUGUGCAGAGAUUAUGGGUCGAGUGUACUGGGGCGCUCAGACAUUGAAUUGUCAUGCCCCAGAGACCGGAAACAUCGAGCUCCUUGCCAAAUACUGCACACCCGAGCAGAAGAAGAAGUGGCUACAUCCUCUAAUGAACGGCGACUUCUCCUCCGCAUACAGCAUGACUGAACCCGACCGUGCCUCGUCAGACGCUACACAAGUGGGGAUCAAGAUGGAAAUCACAGACAAAGAAGUUAUCAUCAAUGGACGCAAGCUGUACGGCAAUUGCAAAUACAACGACGAGAUGCAGAUAUUCAUACUCAUGGGCUGUUCCGAUCCGAACAACAAGAACCCCUGGAACAGACACACGACAUUGGUAGUGCCUGCAAACACACCUGGUCUGAAGCAAGUGAGGAAUCUGUCCAUCAUGGGCUAUGAUUGGGCACCUGAAGGACACGGUGAAUACAUUUACGAGAACGUUCGGGUACCGAGGGAGAACAUCAUAUUGGGCCCUGGUCGCGCCUUUGAGAUUGCACAAGGCCGCCUCGGUCCCGGACGAAUUCACCACUGCAUGCGACUCAUCGGUCAGGCUGAGCGUGCAUACGAGCUUGCACUGGUACGAUGCUACGAGCCGCGUAAGAAACCCCGUGGCAAGUUCAUCGGCGAAUUCGACAGCAACAUCGAGCGGAUUGCGGAGAUGCGCAUGACUAUCGACGCGAUGAGACUCGUCGUCCUCAACGCAGCAGAUACCAUGGACUUGCACGGCAACAAGGCUGGCCGAUAUGCUAUUGCACAGAGCAAGAUCAUGGUUCCCAACGCACUCCUCAAGGUCAUUGAUGAAGCUAUGCAGAUUUAUGGAGGACAAGGUCUGACGCAACAUACACCCUUACCUGAGAUCUGGACAUACGCACGAUUCGUCAGAGUAGCUGAUGGACCUGAUUCAGCACAUAGACAUCAGGUUGGAAGAGAUCAGAUGAAGACCGCACAGGGUUUCAGGGAGAGAGCAGAAAGGUACACGGCGCGGUACAAGGAGCUUUGCAAAAAGUGGAAUCUGGAGCCGGAGGAGUUCUGGGAACACUACAUCGAGCGCUCAGUUCCCACAAUCAGCACGCCCAUAUCUCUCAAACAAUUCGGCUUCGGCCAAUCAAACCCAACAUACCAACUCACCGAUUCUAAAAAUGACAAAUUCGUCCUCCGUAAGAAACCUCCGGGGAAACUCGUGAGCAAAACAGCGCAUAAGGUGGAGCGCGAAUACCGCAUCCUGAACGCUUUGCAACAUACGGACGUCCCUGUGCCGCGCGUCUACGGCUUGUGUGAAGAUGAUAGCGUGAUCGGGAGUCCGUUCUACAUCAUGGAGUUCCUUGAUGGGCGCAUAGUUACUGAACCGCAUUUUCCCGGGGUAAGCGCGGAGCAGAGGACGGAGAUGUGGCACGAUGCGGUGCGCACGCUGGCGAAGCUGCAUAGGCUGGACCCCAAGAAGAUAGGGUUGGAGACGUACGGGAAGCCAUCAGGCUUCUAUGACCGGCAAAUCAAAACCUUCACGACGCUGGGAGAGGCCCAAAGUAAGGUCAGAGACAUCGAGACAGGCGAUGCCGUUGGGGAUGUUCCCAGGAUGCAGGAGCUCGUGAAGUUUUUCAGCGACAGGAAAAGUCAGCCGAGAGAUCGGGGGACGCCCAUCCAUGGCGACUACAAAAUCGAUAAUUUGGUGUACCAUAAGACGGAGCCGAGGGUCAUUGGGAUCUUGGAUUGGGAAAUGUCCACGAUAGGACAUCCCCUCUCCGACCUUUCCAACCUCGUUGCCCCCUGGACCUACACCGUCUUCAGCACCGAGCGUCGCAAUUCUUGCCCUGCCUUCGCACCUAGUGCUACGACACCUGGAUUGCCAUCCCGUGAUCAGGUUAUCCAGUGGUACGCUGAAGUGGCUGGCUGGAACCCGGCUGCUGAACUUGCGUGGGGCACCGCAUUUGCUAUGUUCCGUGACAGUAUAAUAUUUCAGGGCAUCGCGAGUAGGUAUGCGGUUAGGCAGGCGAGUAGUCAGGAGGCCAAGAAGGUAGGAGAGGAGAUGCUGCCGUGCUCUGAGAUCUGCUGGGAGUUGGCACAGAUGGCGAAGGACAGUAGGGAGACGAGGGCUAGGCUGUAG